AUGUCAAACCGAAUUUUCAUUUCUUUCUGGCUGUUCGGAUUGGUCAAUAAUGUGCUGUAUGUGGUGAUACUAUCUGCAGCAGUGGACUUGGUGGGUCCAUUGAUACCAAAGGCAACAGUGCUGAUGGCUGACGUGUUACCGUCCUUUCUUCUGAAACUUGCUUCACCUUUUUUCAUCCACUUGAUUCCGUACCAUCUACGAAUCUGCAUGCUUGUAGGCUUGAGUUUUGUUGGUAUGGUGACAGUGUCUUUUUCUGAGAAGGUUCCUUUGGUCUUAUUUGGAAUUGUUCUUGCAUCGAUGUCUUCCGGACUUGGAGAGACCACUUUCUUACAACUGACCCAUUACUAUACAGAAACAUCAUUGAGCGCAUGGUCUUCUGGAACAGGUGGUGCAGGUUUGGUAGGAGCAUUUGUCUAUAUGGUUCUGACUACUUGGCUAGGUGUCAAUGUCCAAAAUGCCCUCUUGAUGUUCUCAAUUGUUCCAUUCACAUUCAUUUUCUGCUACUUCAAACUACUUCCUCCACCUGGAAUCAAGUCAGUAGAGCCAACUCAGCCACCUAUCCUACUUGUUGAGACAAAUUUUCAAAGUACCAUAAGAAGAAUUAAACCGCUAGUUGUGCCGUUCAUGUUACCACUAUUCACAGUCUACGUGGCAGAGUAUAUCAUAAACCAGGGAAUUAGUCCAACACUACUAUUUCCAAUUGAAGAAAUGCCAUUUAAAAACUACAGGGAUGCAUACGUGACAUACGGAACUCUAUAUCAACUCGGAGUGUUUAUAUCAAGAUCUUCCGGUCAGUUUGUUCGCAUCCAAAAUUUGACACUUCCAGCUGUGCUCCAACUUUUGAACUUGGUCAUUUGCCUUCUUCAGUCUAUGAUUGUUAUCUUCCCAAAUAUAUAUUGGCUGUUCUUCUUGAUAUUUUAUGAAGGACUAUUGGGCGGAUCUUCGUAUGUUAACACAUUUAUGAUGGUCACUGCAAAAAUACCCUUGUCAGAGCGCGAGUUUGCAAUGGGCUGUGUGGGAAUCAGUGAUAGCGCAGGAAUAGUCGUUGCAGCUACGAUAGCAAUGUUUUUGGAGCCAUCAUUAUGCAGCUACCAGGUUGCCAGAGGAAGAGAAUAUUGUUUGCAGUAG